AACCAAAUUUCCUCCCAUUACAGCUAGCAAGGACGUCGUGAGUUUCCACUCCCUCCCCAGUUCUUCCCACAUCGAUGCCCCAUGGCAUCAGACUCUCUCCCCCAACCCAACCGAUCCGACGACGAUUUCGGCCACUAGUUUAUCGCCACGCACACAUUGCCAGCCAUGGGCAUAUGUCAACCUCCCCUAACUUUCUCCACCCUUCUCUUGUUGACAAUCCACUUUAUUACUCCAUCCAUCCAUCCCUAUGCCAUGUCUAUGCGGUGCCAUUAGCAUCACAUCAUAUCCUUCACAGGCAGCAAAGCAAAGCAAAGCAAAGCACAGCCCAGCCCAGCGCAGCACAGCACACUUGCAGCUGCAGCUGCAGCGCCAUCCCUUCCCUUCUCCUCAAGCAUCACCAACCUUGCUCCCUCCCACUUCCACACGCGCACUCCACCUUGCCUGCCUUCCUCCGAUCGGGGUUCGGGGCCAUGGGCGGCGGCGUCCAGGAGGAGGAGGCCGCCGGCGCGCCGCAUACUGCCGCCAUGGUGGUGCCGCCGGUGCUCGUCAAGGGGAAGCGCAGCAAGAGGCAGCGCGUGCACGCGCCGCCGGUGGUGCUGUCGUCCGCGGCGCCCGAGUGGUCGUCGUCCGCGGCGUCGGCCGCCACGGCGCCCGCGGAGGAGGAGUCCGGGACGUCGCGGUCGGACGAGGCCGCGUCCAGCGCCGGGUGCCUCACCGAGGAGGACGAGGACAUGGCGCUCUGCCUCAUGCUCCUCGCGCGCGGCGUCCCGGCGGCGGCCAAGGAUGACGAGGGCGUGGUGGUCGCCGUCGCCGCCAAGGAGGCCAGGUUCAGGAGCCGCCGCCCGGCCGACGGCGCCGCCGCCGGCGAGUACGUGUACCAGUGCAAGACGUGCGACAAGUGCUUCCCGUCCUUCCAGGCGCUCGGCGGCCACCGCACCAGCCACAAGAAGCCCCGCCUGCUUCCGCCGCCGCUGGCGCUGGCAUCCGAGGAUACCAAGGCGGCCGCUGCAGCCGAGCCAGCCGCCCCGUCUCCGACGUCGCUCCCGCCGACGCCUCCACCCCCGGCGGAAGCCACCGCCGCCGAUGCAACAGUGCUCGCGAUCGCGGUCACGGUCCCCGUGGCGCCGAAGCAGGAGCACGACGCGGGCGCCGUCGCCGUCAAGGCCGCCGCGGCCUUCAUCGCCGCGAGCAGCAGCUCCAAGCACCACCCGCGGGUGCACGAGUGCUCCCUAUGCGGCGCCGAGUUCGGGUCGGGGCAGGCACUGGGCGGCCACAUGCGGCGGCACCGCCCGCUCGUGCCGGCGGCGGCGCGGGACGACGCGCCGAGGAAGGAGAAGAGCCUCCUGGAGCUGGACCUCAACAUGCCCGCGCCCUGCGACGAGGCGGAGACGUCGCCGCGGUUCGCUUUCGCCGCUGAGAGGCCACCGGCGGCCCUCCUCUUCCCGGCAUCCGCGGCGUCGGCCCUGGUAGACUGCCAUUACUAGUAAACACCUCACCAAGUAGCUCUCAUCCUCUGCUGCUUCCUUCUCAGCUGAUACAUACAUACACACAUACACAAUUACUACUCCAAUCCAUACAGUACACACCAAAUUGCUACUCCUUGUUGUCUACUAAAUACUACUUUUUAGUUUCUCUUCUUUAUUUUUGGGGGUAUUUUCAUUCCAUUAUUUGUUCAAAUGAUUGGAAAUUUGGAAUGGGAGAUGUGAAUUAUCGGUACAGAAAUAUGUUUGAUAUAUAUUUGACCUGUGAGAUUAUCCCUUAAUUCUAUUAAUUCAUUGAUUGAUUCAGAUG